CAGAAAAAAAAAUAUUUUCUUCCUCUCCAGAUUUGGGAUUUUCCCAAAUCUGGGUUUGUCUCAAGAACUUCAACUCGAAAGCAACGUUUGUUGUCCUCUCCUCUUCCCUUAUGUACACAAACCAAAUGUUCUUCUCUUCGGUUACAAUGUUCAUAAAAGAGUUUCCGUUUCUACCAAUUCCUUUUGUCUUUCGUUUUACGCGUCCCUGCGACGCUAACCCUAGACGAUGAAGUUCGUUCUACACCGAUCAACAACUCUGCUAUUUUUCGAUGUCCAAGGAGCCAAGUCACUGUUCUUAGUUUCCCCAAGAUCUUGAACUCUCCUGAUCUGUAAAUCUUUCACCUAUCUUUGGUAACAAUUUUGAGAAAAACCCAGAUCUGGGUUUUUCUCAAACCCAGAUCUGGGUUUUAUCACAGACGUUCCCAAUGUUGCUUUGCCUCUGCUUUAUUGUCACUUUCUUUAUCAUCCAUUUGGUUCUUGAUUCCUUUUGGCAGGUUGUAGGAUUAGGCUUUCGAUAACCAAUUCCAGUUGUUUGAUACAACAAGCUCAGAUGGAACUUCGGUGGUGUCGUCGAAGAGUUCUAUGCUCGAUUCACUUCUUUGCUAGAGUUUUCUCAAACUUCUGGUGAUCUUUCCUCAUCAACAAAUUCCUACUGUACGCCAUUGCCUACUUUUAUUUGGGUUUGAGAAAUUGAAGAGUCUGCUUGAUUCACUUCUUUGCUUGAGUCCACGUGAUGCAGUGCUCAAAACUGUUAUUUUGUGGUUAUGUUGUUUGGAAUUUGUUGUGGCAGAGAUGCUCUUUAUAAGAUCUGGGUUUGAGAAAGGAUAAGAAAAAACCUCAUGUCGGCGCAGAUGAAGAAGAUUGCCUCUUUUCUCGCUCAUGUCGGCGCCAAAACUUCUUGUGAAUAGUGUAUUUCUAUUUUGAAUUUGAUCCAUUAUGAAGUUCAGUGCGCAUUUAGCUAGAUCUGGCAACUCUUAGGUAUAGAAAUUCUGUUUGGCUGCUAGGAAAGUGGUAGGAACUGAGAAAAAUUAUUAUUUGAUUCUGGGAUUUUUUUGGCCACAAUUUUUAUUUCCUAAAUAGCUCUCUUAAGAUCAAUCAUUUUAGAUUUGGUAAAUGGGAUGAUCUUGCAAAUAUUAAUGGUCUGUCUAAUCUAUUGUUUCCAUUGUAUCUGGUAAGAAUGGAUUAUGGAUUUGAUACCUUCAAUUGCUUGUUCAAUCCUAAAACCCAGAUCUGGGUUUAAGAGAGGAAGAAGAAGGGAGAAAAGAGAGAGAGAGAAAGAAUACGAAGAAGAAAGAAGAAGGACGAGCAAAGAAAGAUAGGUGGAAAGGAGGAAGAAGAUGAAGUUUGAGAGAGAACCCAGAUCUAGGUUUACAGAGGUAAGGGAAAAGGAAAGCCAUUUCAAGAGACUAACUGAUCAUGUCGGGCUUAGGAGUGACUGUAGUAGUGAAGUGUAUGCAUCGGGGUUUUGGUGGAAACAGAAUCGGGACUUGUUUCGAUGGGAUUGUCCUCAAAUAAAAAGAAGGAAAAAGUCUCAUAGUAGAAACUUAUAGAUUCUGCUGCACUUAUUUGGACCACUGUUGGUCCGAAUAAGUUUCCGGACCAAUAGCUUAUUCGGACCAACAGUGGUCUAAAUAAGUGCAACAUCACAUU